AUGAAAACCAGUUCAGUUCUGCUGUUGCUGGUCUUCCUGGGGACGUGCUCAGCUUACCGCUACCACAAUUUGGCCUUGCAUGGCAAAGCAACUCAGUCACAGCGCUACACAGGAAGCGGCACUUCUCUGGGGGAUGCUUAUAACGCCAUUGAUGGAAACCGUGACGCCCGUUUUACCUCUGGUUCAUGCACCCACACUGCUCAAAUGACCAACCCCUGGUGGAGGGUGGACCUGCUGGAGAACUACAUGGUCACCACUGUCAUCAUCACCAACAGAGGAGACUGCUGUGCAAACAGACUCAAUGGGGCAGAGGUUCAUGUCACAAAGCAUUUGCAUUCCGGUUACUCUGGUAACUCUAGGGUUGCUGUAAUUUCUCAUAUCCCAGCAGGCAGGCCUCAUAUAAUAAACCUUGAAAAACCUGUGGAGGGACGUUUCGUGACUGUGUUUUUACCUGGUUCAGGAAAGAUCCUCACACUCUGUGAAGUGGAAGUCUACGGGUACCCUGCUCCAACUGGAGUGAACCUGGCAAUCCACGGAGCAGCCUCACAGUCAUCAUUGUAUUCAUAUCUAUGCCAUCCAAGUAAUGCUAUAGAUGGGAAUCAUGCCACCACAUGGGCAAUGGGUAGCUGUUCUUGUACAAAAUGCACAAACAGUCCCUGGUGGCAACUGGACCUCGGCAAAACCCAUAAAGUGAACACUGUCAAGAUAACCAACAGAAAAACAUACCCAAAAUACCUUGAUGGAGCUGAGAUCCGCAUCGGAAAGUCUCCUGUGAACGCUGGCAGCAACAAUCCACGAUGUGCUGUGAUCAGUCACAUCCCUGCAGGUUUUUCGCAGACGUUCGACUGUAAGGGGAUGGACGGUCGCUAUGUUAUCAUAGUUGUUCCUGGAAAAACUGUGUAUCUGACCCUGUGUGAGGUGGAGGUGUAUGGCUCUGUAUUGGAUUAGAUCUGGUGAGGUGAAAAAUCAAUAACAAUGGCAAUUUACAUAGCCGGUAUUUAGCU